AAAAAAAAAUAUAAUAAAAAAGAAAAGCGGCUAACUCCAGAGUGGGAGAUGGGAGAAGUUUCAGAUUAAAUUCUUUUUCCUUCCGAUAUUUUUCUCUUUAGCAGGAUAGAUUUAAAUAAUUUUAUAUUUAAUAAUCUAUAAAUGUUUCAGUAAUGCAAGAGUAGAGGAGUGGUGCGGGUAGCUUGAUUCGAUGUGAAUAAUGCUGACAUCACUAACAGAGUUGUUAAGCAGCUGAUUCAUUCAUAUUUAUCGUGUAAAAAUUACAUUUUUUUCAAAUGUAUUUAGUUGGAUUGACUGGUGGCAUUGCCACUGGAAAAAGCACAGUUGCUGCUGUUUUUCGGGAGCAUGGCAUCCCUGUUAUAGAUGCCGAUAUAAUUGCUCGAAAAGUUGUUGAGCCAGGAAAACCAGCAUGGCAUAAAAUACAAGAGGAAUUUGGUCCAGAUGUGUUUUUGGAUACCAAACAUUUGGAUAGAACGAAACUUGGAGAUUUAAUAUUUAAUGAUGUCGAAAAGAGAAAAAAACUCAAUGCUAUAACGCAUCCUGAUAUAUACAAAGAGAUAUACUGGCAGACUAUCAAAUACUUUUUACAAGGUCAUCCGUUCAUAGUUAUGGAUCUACCGUUGCUUUUUGAGACAGGACACAUGUUGAAUUACUUGCACAAAAUUAUAGUUGUAACAUGUGAAGAAGACCUUCAGUUACAACGAUUAAUGGAACGCACUGGAUUUACAGAAGCUAAAGCGAAAUUAAGAAUAGCUGCGCAAAUGUCCUUGGAAAAAAAAGCAGAGAUGGCAAAUUUUGUAAUUGAGAAUUCGGGCAGUGCAAGAGAUACGAGGGAACAGACCGUGAAAGUAAUUAAUGUAUUACGAUCCUCCAAACAUCAUUGGAAAUUGCGUCUUUUGGUCGGGUUUUGUUGUACUGUAUUGUUAGCUGGCGCGUAUUGGUUAAAGAAUAGAAGUUCGAAAUCUCUAUCUACUGCAACAUGAAAUUUUCUAUCAAAAUCAUUUAAUUCAAAAACAAACGUUCUCUGUAAAUCGUAGUCACGUGAUAAAAUCAAGUGUGAUUUUUGUUAACUUUUAUACAGCAGCUUACACAAAAUUGAAAUUUUCAUAAAACAAAUUAAUUAUUAAGACGAAAAUUAAGUCGUCUAUCUUAAUGUAUACAUUUAUGCGGAUUGCAAUUACAUUUGUUGAACAAAUUAUUCAGCAGA